UGCCAUUUUGGAUUUCAGAUCUCGUUUCAAACUCUCGCAAAAUCAAAUCUCGCGAUAUCGCGUUAGCGCGGGUUCGGCAACAUGGCGGACGCUCCAACCGAGGAGAACAAAGAGAAGAGCAGCAAGGAUCCUGUUCCAGAGGAGGAGAUGGGGGAGAGGAUGGAGGUAACCCCAGAGGAGGAGGCAGUUGCUAUGACAACAGAAGCUGUGGAGCAACAAGGUGUUACAGAGAAAGAAGACGAAACAACGGCUGUGGAGACCACCAAGACAGAAACUGGAACAGAACAAGUUGAAGAGCCUGAAACUGGUGAUAGUUUGGAAAGAAACUUCGAUGUCUGUGAGGUCCAAUGUGCUAUGUGUUACAAGUGGUAUGCUGCGGACAAUCUAGACUGUCGUGAGAGUAUGGGCGAAUGUGUACCAUUCAUGAGUAACUACACAUUCUACUGCAAGCUGUGCCAUCAAUCCAAGACUGACAAUUUCACUAAGGCCAAAGCAAAUUUCACCCAGGUCUGUAUAACUGCUCUUGCAAACUUGACUCACAGACAUCGACAAGAUGAAAAUCCUAGGACCAUGUUUUCCAAGGAAAAGGAAGUGGUCCCCUACAUAGACAAGUACUGGGAGGCUCUAACUCACAUGCCUCGUCGUGUUAAACUGACCUGGCACACGACCAUCACUAAAACCAUGACCAGAGAGGCAGACCUGUUUGUGGCCCAGGAGAACCCAGAGGGAGGGGAGAAUGACAUGAUAUUCGGGUUACUUGACCAGGACUUGUCCAGAAUUGGCCCCAACAUUGAUUCCCAGAAGCUGAGCAGCAGCAUGAGAGAAAACGGACAGAAGCUGGUGUCAUCAUUGUCAUCAUCUCAAAAUGGAAUGGGUUCCCUGACUGCAGCAGGCAAGGGGAGGGGAGCCAAGAGAAAGGCAGUGGAAAACACGCAGUCAGCAACAGCCAGCAAGAGAACACGGGGUGUGUUUCCUGGGACCAGACACCUGAUUCCCAACAGGGACAUCCUGACAUCUCUGAAGCUGCCACCGCUAGGCUUCCCCCAGGAGCAUCCCUUCAACAAGGAUGGGUACCGCUACAUCCUGGCUGAGCCUGACCCUCACGCACCACACCAGCUGCUGGACACAGACUUCUAUGCCGGGAAACCCAUCCCUGCAGAGCUGUACCGUAGAGCACUGCACGACAGGGUACUGCUGGCCCUGCAUGACAGAGCUCCCCAACUGAAGAUCUCCGAGGACAGGCUGUCAGUGACUGGAGAGAAGGGGUACUCUAUGGUCAGAGCAACUCACGGAGUGAACCGUGGAGCCUGGUACUUUGAGGUUAACAUAGAGGAGAUGCCAGAAGGGACAGCCACCAGACUGGGCUGGGGACAGGCUUUAGGAAACCUCCAGGCACCUCUUGGGUACGACAGGUUUGGGUACUCCUGGCGCAGCCGGAAGGGAACGCGGUUCCACCAGAGCCGAGGGAAGCACUACAGCGAGGGGUACGGGCAGGGCGACGUGCUCGGCUUCUACAUCUCCCUGCCAGAGAGCACGGACCCCGGGGCACUGCUGCCGGAAACUCACAAGGAAACGCCACUGAUCAAGUUCAAAGGUUACCUGUACUUUGAGGAGAGGGACAACAUGGAUGCCGCCCUGAAGAAUCUGACACCUCAGGAAGGGAGCAAGAUUGUGUAUUACAAGAAUGGAGAGAGUCAAGGAGUGGCAUGGGGAGAUAUCUACUCAGGAACCUACUACCCUGCCAUCUCUCUGUACAAGAAUGUCAUGGUGACAGUAAACUUUGGACCUGACUUCAAAUUUCCACCUAAGGACCUGGACGCCAGCAGCUACCAACCAAUGUCUGCUGCUGCACAGGAGUCCAUGGUAGAGUACACACUAGCUGAAGGCCUGUAUCACAUAGAGAAUGGCACAUCCAUCCAUCUAAACCAAGAGGAGGAGCAGCAAGCUGAUGCACUCUUAUUUCCCUCAUCUUAGACAUCUACUUUACUUCAACCGUUAUUUUUGUAGUAAUGACUGCUUCGUACAGUUGUGUACAACCUUUGGUAGUUGGAAUAACAUGGGACAGCCAUCUGUUUUUUUAGGAUGUGCAUGUGUGUAUUGGGGGGGAUUAGAAUUUAAAAAAUGAGAUGUAGGGUUAAUUAUACCAGUCUGCAACAAUGAGGAGAGUGCUCAAUUCUUUGUCAUAAUUUCUUCUUGAGGAGGAUUCUAAGAUGCCAACAUGCUACAUUUAGCAUGGUAAAAACAUACCUGUCCUGGCCAUGCUUUCUCUGUAUGUAACGUUAUUGACCAACAUAUUGUAUCUAAGUAGAAGUUGAAAGUCGAUGAAUAUUACUGUUAGCUCUGUUGAAUGGAAGUUUGGUAUGUCUUAUACCAGUACAACUAAAAGUGUGCAAAAUGAUAUGACUAAGUCCUCUAUGUGCAAGAGAGAACAAUGUUGAAGAAUUAGCAAAUGUCUGUUGUACAUGUAUAUUUAUAAAUGUGAAAGCUCCCACAAUAGAAUCCUGCAUUAAGAGAUCUCUUGGCAGUUGUUUUUCAUCUUACAGUACUUAACAAAUGCUGAUGAGUUAUGAAUUGAACCUUAUUGAUGUAACACAUCAAUUCACUGGUCAUCCACAUCUUUCAUGCCCAUUUAGAUGAAGGCAGCUCAAUGGACCAAUCCCAUAUCCCCACCCACUUUAGAUAAUACAAAAUAAGACCAUAAAAAUGCAAAUAUUUGAUCAACAUUCACUUACUGUUUCAUUGGUCGAGCACAUAAUUGUCAUGCUAUCAUUGGUUGAACUACUGAUUAUCAUGAUUAAUAAUCAAUUUUGAUAUACCAGUAUGUACUUUAGACAAUAGAGGUAAACAUUCCAACAAGUAUUAACUUAACUGUGCCACAGACUGUGUUCAAGAGAGUUUUGUUUUUGGUAUUAAUAAAAUCUAUUUUGCUCACUUCCAAA